CAUUCGUCGUUUUACGCUUAGCUCAGUGGAUACUCAGUGGUCAGUGCUCAGUUCCUUUUUGUUGAGUUCAGAGUUCAUAAUUUGUGUGAAAAAGUUUUGUGUAAAAUGGAUUACCUUCAUAAACAUGGAUUGCAAUAUUACUAAUCGCUGAACACACCGAACACCUAUCAAUCGGCCUUCUCCAAUUCUCCAUCCUGUAAUCUCGUUGAAUUCGACUCUGAUGCGGACUUUGAAUUGAAUGAUUGCGAUUUGAACAGCGUACUUCUAUUCCAAAAUGGGACCUGAUUCGCAGAUGAUAUUACGUUUCGGUAACAAAGGAUUGAAAAACGCUCAGUUUUCGUUGCUGCUUGUUGGUUCGAGUAACUUCUGUCGAUUGAUGUAUGAUACGAUCACCUCAUUAAGUCUGAAAUAUCUGAGAAUCCCGGUCAAUGUAUCUGUAACAGAGAGCAUAGAGAACAUUUUAACGUCGUCUGCACCAAUUCAUGUGGAUUUCAUUGUGUUCUUGAUGGAUACGAAGGAAAGAAAUAGUAUUGAACAAGUUGAACGAAAUCUCUGUCUGGUAGAACCGAUUUAUUUAUGUGAUAGAAUUGUUCUGGUCAAUUGCUGUAAUCAUUUGGGCACAGGAAAUUUAGGCCUUAGCGUAGACGAAUUGUCAACUCUCUGUCAGAAGUACCGUUUACAAAUGAUACACGGAAAUAUAGAAGAAGAAGAAAGUCGUGAGAAUAUCGCCAAACGUAUUGUACAUUUUAGUUCGGUCAUUUGCGGAGUGAAGACAGGAAUGCCUAUGGUUUUUGAUUUCCCCAACUUCUUAUUUUAGUCAAUUUAUUCAUUAAAUUUGAAAAAUGUCGAUUUGGUUUGAACGAAAGCUAUUUUACCAAUACUGAACGAUUGGUCGAAAUUUUACGCCGAUAUAUGUAUUUGAAUGGAUUCGCGGUGACAAUAAUAAUGCGAGACUGGUAUCAUCUUGAUGUAAAUAUUAUAUGUAUCUUAUUAAGAACAAUAAAAAUUAACGAACAAA